GUUCCUAUUUUACAGCUCAGAAAAUUAAAGCCCAGAUAAAGUAACGUCCCACAGCCAUUAGCCAUUCCAAUUCCAGAAAGUGAGCUCUUAUCAUUCUGCUACCAAAUAUUUUGAAAAGAAGAAAAAGACAAGAAGACAACAGAGCCCACUGAUUAUUUCAUAGGACAGUCACACCAGGCCAUUCUCUCACUCUUGUGGACACAUCUGGCUGUUAAAGAUUCUUCAAUGACUACCUGUCUAUUGUAAGAGAUUUCCAUCUCCCUAGGUCUAGAAAGUUGUCUUCUCUACCUAUCUAAAACUACAUAUCCAAAGAUCACUUCAACUCUUAGCCCUGCUACAAAGCCUUUCCAGAGGUUGAAUGAGCAGUUCUGCUACCAAUGA